AGCAUUUAGUGCCUGGCACACACAUAACCAGCUGGACUAUCUACCUACCUUCAGCUAGCUGCCUGUCUCGUAAGGUUUAGUUGUCACACCGAGCGUCUUAUUUUCUACAACAUUUAGAUGGCGCUUCAAUUUUAAACAUCAGCUAAUUUAGCCGCUACAGCUGAGAGUCGGCUCUUGGACCAGUCUGCGGUUCCUGGUGGAAGUCUCUCCCGAGCCUCUUUGUGCUCACUAGUCUGAGUAAACCUGCUCUUCUUUAGGGUUUGACAUGGAUCAAGAAUCGAAACAAAGCACGGACCGAGCCAGCCUUGUUUCCGAGGACGGGAAGAACAGCAAGUCUGUGCUGUGUCAGCGCUGCGGGUCCAAGGUGCUCUGCCCCGGCACGGCUGUGUUAGCGGAGAAGGAGCUGUUCCUGCCGUCCAUGCGGAAAAAGAGCGGCCUCAGCAGCACAGAGGGCUCGGUGGACGGUGACACUCUGACUGCCCACUGGUUCGUGGACGACAUGUACACUUUUGAGAACGUAGGCUUCACUAAUGAUGUGGGGAGGAUCAAAUACCUCAUCUGUGCAGAUUGCGAGAUUGGACCAAUCGGCUGGCACUGUUUGGAUGACAAGAAAAGUUUCUACAUCGCUUUGGAGAGGGUGAAUCACGCAUAGUAUGAGUGCAUAUGUGAGUCAGUGCACAAUAACUUGAAAAAUAACGUGUCGGCAGGCUGAGCAUCGGUUCAUGGAUUUACUCCAGGAGGUGACCCCGACUUCACCUCACGUGCUUACAGAUACUGGUGUGUACAUCAUUAAUGGUGACAGGACUGGGUCAUUUUCAUUCUCAUCUUUCACACUGACAAAUUCCACCAUUGUGUUCUAAUAAAAAUGUAUUUAGGAAGCUGAAGUUGAAUGCAGUCUGUCUCUUAGAAGAAAUUUUGUGCGU